CGCCUGGCCGGGGCCACCCUGCUCGUGUUCGCCAACAAACAGGACCUGCCCGGGGCGCUGCCAGCCGGGGACAUCCGGGAGGCCCUGGAGCUGGACUCCAUCCGCAGCCACCGCUGGCGCAUCCAGGGCUGCUCGGCCUUCACCGGCCGGGACCUGCUGCCCGGCCUGGACUGCUGCCCGGCCUUCACCGGCCGGGACCUGCUGCCCGGCCUGGACUGGCUGCUGGACGACAUCGGGGCGCGGCUGUGCCCGCCCGACUGACCGAGCGACCCCGAGCGACCACGGAGUGACCCCGAGUGACCACGGAGUGACCCCCGAGUGACCACUGCACUGACCCCUGAGCCCAGCCC